GGAUGUGUUAGGAGUGGAAGGUGAAGUAAGAGGCCUGCACCUGGCGCAUGCUGUAUUGUAUCUAUCGUAUACAAUCUUACCAAAUGGCCGUUUCAUAUAAUCAAACAAAACAUCUGUCUACCCCUUUGAAUUUUCAUAUUAUUUUACUACUUUUUCAACACAAAAACUUAUAUCACCCAUCAAACUCUCUUUUUUUCUGCUUUAAUUCUUGUUUCUUGGUGUGCACUCAAUGUUUUGUUGAGUUGAUAGGUGUUGUUUCUUGAUUUUUGUAUAGAAAUAUUAUAUGUAAAUCAAGAAGAAUGAAGGGUUAUCAUUCUAAUGGUAAUGGUAAUAAUAGUUAUGAUUAUUCUUUCAAGAUUUUGUUGAUUGGAGACUCUGGUGUUGGUAAAAGUAGUAUUCUUCUCAGUUUUAUCUCCAAUUCUGUUCAUCAUCUCUCCCCUACUAUUGGUGUGGAUUUCAAGAUCAAGAUGCUCAACGUGGGCGGGAAACGAUUGAAGCUCACUAUUUGGGAUACUGCUGGGCAGGAAAGAUUUGGAACAUUAAUCAGCUCUUACUACAGAGGGGCACAUGGAAUUAUCCUUGUUUAUGACGUGACUCGUCGAGAAACGUUCACAAAUUUGGUGGACAUAUGGGCGAAGGAAGUGGAGCUUUACUCUACUAAUCAAGAAUGCAUCAAAGUUCUAGUUGGAAAUAAAGUUGAUAAGGAUAGUGAAAGGGCUGUGAGUAAAGAAGAAGGAAUGGCUCUGGCGGCGAAACACAAUUGCUCAUUUCUUGAAUGUAGUGCUAAAACCAGAGCAAAUGUGCAACAGUGUUUUAAAGAUCUGACGUUAAAGAUUCUGGAGGUACCUAGUUUAUUGGAAAACGGAUCGGUAGUAGUCAAACAGCAAAUUUUAAAAGAUAAACAAAUAUACAAGGAACCUCGUCCCGGUGGUUGCUGCUCCUGAUCAAAAUGCCUAAACACCAAUGGAUAUCAGACGCCAAACAUCAAUUCUCUUGUGCAAUGUUCACACUCCGACAUUGUAAAUGAUACUAUGCUCUUCCCAAAGCACGAUUAUGGUAAUUUUGGAGCGGUUCCGUGAGCGGAGUCCUCCAUUUUGAUAUGGAGCUGUUGGAUGUAACUCUUUAUAGCCUUUCAAAGAAAUAGUUGUCUGUUACAGUUGAAUAGUCUUCAGGCAUGUAAAAAGGUGAUAGUGGUUUGUUUAUGUCAAAUGGUUAAAUACUUCUAUACCACUAGGAAUACAGAGAAAUAAAAAUCUGAUGUAUAAAGUAUAAACUUUGUUUGUCUCAAGUUUUAAUUUUACUCGCUAAAUCUAUCAGUUGUUGCUCUCCAUUGAGUGUA